GAGAAAAGUGGAAGUCGGGUAGUGAUAGCGCUGGAUUAUUUUCACUAAAAUCGUCUGUUUAAAUCGAACGUUAAAUCGACGUAAAUUGACAAUUGAAACUUCGGGUCUCAUGUCCGAAAAGUUGAACAAAAAACCAUAAAGAACGAAGCAUAUUUAAUGCACAUAGAAUCGAAUGGUCCAAUUCAAACGCACGUACCACAGUGAAGAAGAGAACACCAGUAGAUUGAGAGAGCUCAAGUUUACCCAACGUCACUUCGUACGACAAUUGAAUGCCAAUAGCGAGUACAACCAGCCGUUACAAUGUCGCAUACGCACGGUUUAAGAUAUUCGCAGUAUUCGUCGUCUGGGGCAGGUCCUCAGACUAGCAGCAAAGCGGUUCAGUCAGCAUCGGCCGCCGGCAACGGCAAUGGACGACCGGGGAGCACGACACCGCAGAUUCCACCGCCACCGGCGGUACGACCUCCGCUAUUGGUCACAUCCUCGGGAUGCUCGAUGAUGCCUGCUCCUCCUGUGCCCCAACCACAAUCCCAAGGCAGUUCGCAACAGGCGCAACAGCAACAGCAGCAGAGUCAAACAGCCGCUUCGUCGAGCCCAAAAUACGCGGCCAUUAGUGGUAGCCUGUCGGGAUCGGACACGGAUGUCUCGACAUCCACGGAAAACCUGACCCGGGAGGAACGCUACGUACUGCGUCAUGCGCGCGUUGAACCGCAAGGCGAAGAGAACAUGCAAGGUAACACGACUCCGGUUAACGAAAUCCAAAGUCGUUACAUUCCCGACAAAUUUUCGUCAAACACGUCGUCGGAUUCUACGCGAUAUGCGACGCCAACCAGCAGCCGCAGCAUUUCCGAAUCUCGAAACGCUGUCCACGCGUACGCCAACAGUGUCAACGAAGGAUCUAAUCGCAACUCUCUCAACGGAUCUAAUUCGAACCGAAAUUCGCUGAAGGAACCCAACUCGAACCGCUCGUCGAUGGACGUCUCCCAGUCUUCCUACAACACACUGAUAAUCCACGACGAAGGUCUGUACCCGAUUCACGACGAAGGAAUCUACUCGCUGAACCGCGAGUAUUCCAGCCCGCCGCCGUACGGCAAAAAGGAGCGGCCCCGAUCGUACGGUGAAUCUCAACCCCCGAUGCAGGAGAUUGCCGAAAUUCCGGAGGAAUACCUCAGCCAGAGUCACGUCCUAAAGCACCUGGCCAAGGAAGUGAAGCUACCGUCGCGCAACCGAAGCGAUUCUACCACGCGCGAUUCGGGCGUUUCGGAGAAUACGGACUCCCGCGAUCAUCCGCCGAAGUACGGUCAGCACUGGACCACAUCGACGACGACCACAACGAUGAGCAGCGGGGUGGCGGCGGACCAGAGUGCGUCUACGGAUGAUUCCGCUAACUCCGGCAGUGCUAAGCUGAAGAGCAAGAGUCAGCCCGAUCUGACGCGACUGGAUGAUAUCGAACCCGAAGAGGUGGAGGCGUUGUUUAAGGAGAAUCGGCUGCUAAAGCAGCAGCUUAACAGCUGCUUCCUGAAGGUUGCCAAGAGUCAGAAGAUGGAACAGGAGAUAGCAAACAUCUACCGAGUGCAUGAGGAGCUUGUUCAGUCGUGCGAGCGGCGCGAGCGCCUCGAAGAGGCGGCUCGGAAUCGGCUUCAGCAGGACCUUCGACGGCUGCAGGAGCUUAACCGGGCCUACCGGGACCAGGUGGAGGGUCUGCAGAACCAACUGUUGUCCUCUUCCGAUCACCAGCUGGGCCGAACGCAGCAGGACGUGCUCAUCUCGCAACUGGUGACUCAAAACAAAUCACUAGUGGAUGCUAACCGACGUCAAUGCAUCGAGCUGCAAGCCCAGAACGCGACCCUGGAGGAACAGCGAAUUCACAUUAAUGUGCUGGACACGGCUCUGAAGCGAUUGGAAGAGGAGUGCCGUCAAAAGCAGGUGUACGUGGAACGUUGUGCCCAGCUGCAACAUGCCCUGCAGUCGUUACAGAAUGCCAGCGAGAGGCGUGAGCAAGUGGAACGGAAACUCCGAAUGGACUACGAGAAUGAUCUGCCGAAUCGAAGCGGCAGUAGCACGACUAGUGAAACCGAAAACCUCAAGUGGCAGCUGCGUGAAAAAGACGCACAGAUAAUGAGACUGGAAGCCGAGUGUGCCAAACUGGAGCAGCGUAACUUGGAGGAAUCGAACGUGCGCAACGUUGCCAAGCUGGCGAUGGAGCGUAACUCGCAGGAAACCGAACGAAUUAUUGCCGAGGCAAAGCAGGAGAAGAUUCGGUACCUGGACGAGGCCCACGCGGCCAAUCGUAAGGUAACCGAACUGCAAACCCGUCUUAAACUGGUCGAGAAUCGAUUGGCCGAGAAGGAGGCCAUGAUUCGGGCCUACCAGGGACAAAAAAUCUACGGUUCAACCAACUCCUACGGAUCGUACAACCUAUCUAGCGAUAGCUUCGCACUGAAUCCACUGGGAGCGUACAACUCGCAGGUUUCCUACGACGUCUCGAACAAUUCGUUCGACGUGACCACGGCGGCUUCUCUGCUGGAUCCGACCUACGGUCAGAACCCGUCUUCCAGCUUCACCUCGAACUAUGGACAGACGAACCCGAGCUUCAACCAGAGCUCGAUCAAUCUGCAAACGGCCGGCAGCAACAGCUACAGCUCGCCGAGCAGCAGCUCGAACUACAGCACCAACUAUGGAUCGAGCGAACACACAACCAUCUACGAUGCGAAAAAUUUCGACGCCCAGCGCAAAUCCAUCGACGAUCAGCUAAAGCAACUGGACGAACAGCUGCUCAGCAAGAGGGGCUUGUGCUGUUUCCCAAGUUUAACCACGAAGAAACCGAUUCAACCACUUCUCUCGGACGAAGUGUCCGUACUGUCGACGAACAAUAGCGAUAGCUUUCUGCAGAAUCUUGCUCACAUCGAUCAGCGUGAUCGGGAGAGACAAGAUCGUCGCGAGCAGGAUGGCGGCGGCGGUGGUGGUGGUGGCGGCGGCGGCAGUGCGGUGGGUGGUUCUGGAGUAGGUGGAGGCGCAAGCGGUGGUUCGAAUGGUGGCUCCAAUGGUGGUGCCACGAAACCGGAAGAUAUGAUGCUGCUCGAGAAGCAGGGACGCUGCUCGCAGAAAAUUCGUAGUAAUCAGCUGAGUAAUUUGGCUCAUGUGACUCAUACCGUUGGGCAGAAUAUGACGGACAUCAGCAAUAUCGGUGGUAAUAAGGUUCCAAAGAUACUGUCUAAUAUUGCCCAACACGCGGGUGGAAUUCUGCCUCCUCGAAAAGAUCGAGGAUCUUCCUUGCCUCCGAGUGCACUUCCGCGUCCACCAAGGAGUCUGAAACCUCCCCGCAAGAUCGAGUAUGGUCGGCUGAAUGAUUCUGAAGGUAAAAAGCGAGCAGAGACUCCCCCUAAGUCGGAUGCCCAGAAGGACUACGAGCUUAAAACCUCCAGUUUAAAGCGAGCGAAUGCUAGUGCCUAUGGUAAGCGAGAGUUUUCCCCUGGAAAAAGUUACCUGGAAAUGAAGGAUACCUUCCAACUAGCCAAAGAUUACGGAACACUGAAAUCGAAAAAUUACGGAUCACUGGGAAACACUUCGAUGGUUCCGAUGAAAAAUGACAGCAAGUUUGGUUUUGGUUCCAAAUCUAACAGCAGCACUGCCAAUAGCUGUGAAUUCUCAAAACCGGAUUAUACAUCGACGAAGAACUAUCAAAGGCUGGAGGAGCAAAGUCCUCGCAAAAGUUCGCUCGAUACUGCGACGAUGAAACGGUCUCUACUGCCGAACGUUCGUAAGCUAAGUUCUGCCACUGUUAAGGGUUCCCGCGAGUCGCUGAACUCCGCCUCCAGUGGGUCCAAUAAUUCCAACAACUCCAACCCCAUUUCCCGCUCGAGUCCGAUUCAUUCUAUGGCUCCGACUUCGGGAGCAAAUCUGCCAACAUCACUCGUAUAUCAUCACCACAAUCAUCUUCACCACGGACGUACACCGCCUCGAUUCAUCCACCAUCAGCAAUCGACAUCGGCCGAAUCGACCAAAUCCUCACUGAAUCCACCUUCGCCCCAAUCACCCACCGUCAACCACCAGCAAUCGCCGUUCUUCAACAAACUUUCGCCGAGUACACAGCAGCAACAGCAACACAAGACUACAACUCUGCCCAGUGCCAGCAUCCUGCACGCCGCCGUCACCGCUUCGGCCACGUCGGCCAUCGGUCAGCAAACCACGGCUUCGCUACCGCCCAAACCGGUAGUGGACGGAAAGCUAACCGGAAGCGGAGCCGGAAGCAACGCCGGGAGCAGCUCGCAGGCCGCACGGCGUGGUAGCAGCUUGACACGCAGCGAGAACAAGUAUCGAAUUCAGUUCUAA